UGACAUAAAACAAAAAGUAUCGGGGCAAAAUCAUGAUUUCCCAAUUCAAUCCUUUUUUUUCACACACACUCUCUUUUCUCUUUCUGGAUAUUAAUGUGUAAACAAAUAGACAGUUCACUGGAACAAAGAAAAAAGAAAAAAAAAAGACUUGGGAAACGAGCAGAGUCAGUGAGAGAACAACACUAGUCACAAGGGACAAAGAGAGAGGAAGAAGAUGAUAUCCAUAGCUCAAUUGGUCUCAACCCUUCCGUAGUUUAGCUCUUUCUUCAAUCUCUCAUCUUUUCUUCAUUACAUUUCGAUCUCUCUGUUCUUAAAACAUUUCGGACCAAAAGAGGAAAGCUGCAGCCACAGUUGCAGGUGAAGAACAUAGAACACUGUCCCUUCUCUCUCUCUCUUCUUUAUCUGUUUGAAAUACCUAAAAAUUGGUUCUUUAUCUGUUUCUUUCGUUGAUGAGUUCGAAAUACCUAAAAUUUUGUUCUGUUUUUGAGUUACUAUGUUGCAGAAAGUUUUAACCUUUGAGGGUUUGGUUUAGUUUUUAUGUUUACUCUUUUCUGGGUUUUUCUUGAAGAUUCAGCUAAAAGAAAAGAAAAAAAUUUGUUUUCAAGAAAGUUUUUUUUUCCUUCAAAUUUUGAUUUUUUUUUUUCUGAAAAAAUGUUCUCGGUUAGGUUUAAAUUGAAAUUUCUAGUUUGGUUAGUUUCUUUUAAGAUCUGUUGUCUAUUUUAGGGAAGAUCCACCUAAUAAAACCAGAACCCACGUUAAACUAAAUGACAGAAAUUGUUAUUAUCUCCUCUCCUCCUUCAAAAGAUUCCAAAUUUUUUGAAGAGAAAACAAAACUAAAAUUGAUGACUUGACAACUACAAAAAGAUUAUGUGGAAUAUAAAUAGUUUAUCUUCAAAGGACCCAAAAGAGAGUGUUUUAGAACUCUAAUCUCAAGCAAUGCAGACUCCAAAACCUAGGCCGGGAUCGUUGGAGGUGCCUCAGAAGAAAUCUCCUGCAUCAACUCCUAAAACUGCUCGGAAGCUCAAGACUUCAGAAUCCGACCCUGUCUCGUCUCCUAACACGAAAAUCAGGACACCGAAAACUCAAAGCCCAAAAGUAGUUGCUGAUCGCCGUUCUCCAAGAACCCCUGUAAAUGAGAUUCAGAAGAAACGGACAGGAAAAACACCCGAAUUGGCAUCUCAGAUAUCUCAGCUUCAAGAGGAGCUAAAGAAGGCAAAGGAACAGCUAAGUGCUUCAGAAGCUCUGAAGAAGGAAGCUCAAGAUCAAGCAGAGGAAACAAAGCAGCAGUUAAUGGAGAUUAACGCCUCUGAGGAUUCCAGGAUCGAUGAGCUUCGCAAGCUCUCUCAAGAACGAGACAAAGCGUGGCAGUCUGAACUCGAAGCAAUGCAGAGACAGCAUGCCAUGGAUUCCGCUGCUCUAUCAUCUACCAUGAACGAGGUCCAGAAACUGAAAGCACAGCUGUCUGAAUCUGAAAAUGUUGAGAACUUAAGGAUGGAACUUAACGAGACGUUGUCACUUGUCGAGAAGCUCAGAGGUGAGCUGUUUGAUGCAAAGGAAGGGGAAGCUCAGGCGCAUGAAAUUGUGUCGGGAACUGAAAAGCAAUUAGAGAUAGCCAACUUGACGCUUGAGAUGUUACGUUCAGAUGGUAUGAAGAUGUCUGAAGCUUGUAAUUCACUAACAACUGAGCUAGAGCAGUCUAAAUCUGAGGUAAGGUCACUAGAGCAACUUGUGAGACAGCUUGAGGAAGAAGAUGAAGCCCGAGGAAAUGCUAACGGGGACUCAUCAUCAGUGGAAGAGCUCAAGGAAGAGAUAAAUGUUGCAAGGCAAGAGAUUAGCCAGUUGAAAUCUGCAGUGGAAGUAACAGAGAGAAGGUACCAUGAAGAGUAUAUCCAGAGCACGUUGCAGAUCAGAACUGCUUAUGAACAAGUCGAUGAAGUAAAAUCCGGAUAUGCACAGAGAGAGGCUGAGUUGGGGGAAGAACUGAAGAAAACCAAAGCUGAAAGAGAUUCUUUGCAUGAACGGUUGAUGGAUAAGGAAGCUAAGCUCAGGAUACUCGUCGAUGAAAACGAGAUACUGAACUCGAAAAUCAAAGAAAAAGAAGAAGUAUACUUAAACUUGGAGAACAGCUUGAACCAGAACGAGCCUGAGGAUACCGGUGAACUCAAGAAGCUAGAAUCCGAUGUGAUGGAGUUGAGAGCAAAUCUAAUGGACAAGGAGAUGGAGCUACAGAGCGUAAUGUCGCAAUACGAGAGUCUCAGGAGCGAAAUGGAGACAAUGCAGAGUGAGAAGAACAAGGCUAUCGACGAGGCCUUAGCAAAGCUCGGGAGUCUGACAGAGGAAGCAGAUAAGAGCGGGAAGAGAGCCGAAAAUGCGACAGAACAGCUAGGGGCGGCACAAGUCACCAACACCGAACUAGAAGCUGAGCUGAGGAGACUCAAGGUUCAGUGUGAUCAAUGGAGGAAAGCAGCUGAAGCCGCAGCUACUAUGCUCUCUGGUGGUAACAACAACAAUAACAGUAACGGGAAGUACGUGGAGAGAACAGGAUCGUUAGAGAGUCCGUUGAGGAGGAGAAACGUCAACAUGUCGCCUUAUAUGGGUGAAACUGAUGAUGAAUUGUCAUCACCAAAGAAGAAGAAUGGAAGUAUGCUGAAGAAAAUUGGUGUGUUACUGAAGAAAAGUCAGAAAUGAUCCAUUGAAGUUCAGGAAAAACAAACAACCAUUGUCUGUAAUAUUCGCUUGUUUUUUUCCCUAAGUUUCAAUGUGUAGACAUGUUUUUGUUGCCUAUCGUGAACUACUUUUGUUUUUCUUUCUAUUGACUAGCUGAAACUCUGAUCAACAUUUAUGAAGCUGAACUCCAUUGUUACUCA